AUGAGCACGUGGGCGCCCCGAGCGGGGAGCUGCCGCCACAGGCACCUCGGAUCUGAAGGAAGGAAGGAAGGAGGCGCCCAGAAUUCCAACCGCACGCGCUACUCCCGCCUGCCCAGCCCCCACCGACCCGCGGGAAAAGUCGGAGGAAGCCGCGCAUGCGCAGCAGCGAAACUGGAGGCGCGGCCAGGGAGCGAAAUCAGUCCGCAGCCAGCCGGCCGCACUGCGCGCGCACCCCCGCGGGGAGGGGGGGGAAUGGCCAGUCUGGUGCCAGGGGCAGCGGCUCUCGCCCCCGCCGCCCCGGGAGCGGCCCGCAGCAAGAAGCGUCCGGCGAGCCCGGGCAACGGCAGCGGCCCCAGCAAGAAGAAGAAGGUGCCGGCGACGGUGAACGGCCCUCAGCUAGCAACUGUAGGUACAGAGACCAUGAAUGAGAAUAAAUUUAUGACUGUGGAUCCCAAUACCGGGCCAAUGGAAGCUGCCAUCAAACCAUUGCCAUUUAAGGAUUCAAACUUCAUUGUGAAUUUCACUACGUCUGAAUUGAAACUGUUGGUAUCCACAGGCAUGAAAGCUGAGCACUCUGGCAUUGGUGGAGCAGCAGCUGGGAAGAAGAACAGAACUUGGAAGAACCUAAAACAAAUUCUUGCUUCUGAAAGGGCAUUGCCAUGGCAACUCAAUGAUCCUAGUUUGCACGUGACGAUUAAAGGAUCUGAUCUGCUAAAUUGGAAUCCUUCAUCCAUAAAAUCUGAAUCAGAUGCACGUGGGAGGAAAGAAGCUAGCCAUACUUUAAUAUCGAAGCUCCUCCUUCCUUUAAACCAGCCAAGAAAUACUCUGAUAUUUCAGGACUUCCUGCAAAUUAUACAGAUCCACAGAGCAAGCUGAGAUUCAGUAGCACUGAAGAAUUUGCUUACAUUCGGAUGCUUCCUUCAGACGUUGUUACAGGUUACCUGGCAUUAAGAAAAGCAACGAGUAUAGUCCCCUAAGACUUGCAAAAUGCCUUUGAGCAGCCAGCCACAGAUUGGGAUAACAUUAAGCGUUUUACAUAAAACUCUGGUUUGGGCGGGCGGGGGGAGUUUCUUAUAAAUUAAUAUUCAUAUUUAUGUCUGAAAGCGGCUGGUAUUGAAAGGUAUAUUCGAAAGAAUAUUUCGUUUUAAUUUUGAUACAUCUGCAUAUUUGUUAGCGUGCUGACUCUUAAGAAACCUGUUGUAGUCAACAAAAGAUCCUGAAUGUUUAGCGUGCAGUCCUGGCCCUACUGAAAUCAGUCUGAGUUUUGCCAUUUACUUCAGUGGGGCCAGGAUUUCACCCUUGCUACUGUUAAGUGCACUGAUAUUUAUCUGAGAGUGAUCUGAGCCCGGGAGUAGUGACAAAGAACUCCUGAAUUCUAAACCUGCCUUGCAUAUGGAGAAGUCACAACCUCUUUGCUUCAGUUUGCCCCCUCUGUAAUAUACUUCUCUGAAUACUGUUGUGAGGAUUAGUUAGUUAAUGUCCAUUAAGCAUACUGAAAAUGAAGAUGGCUAUACAAGUGCUAAUACGCUAAUAUUUAUAUUACAAACUUAAUUAUCCUAUUAUGGGCAGGGCGCUGGGUGGGGAAACAGAUACUGAAUAACUUGGGAUAUUUUAGCUUUCAGAUAAUCAAGAGAACUGUCAGUGUAAUUAAAAUUAUACACACAAACUAUGAUACAAGACUCAAUCAUAAUGAAUAAGGAAAAGAGGGGGAAUUAAGGUUGUACAAAUGCUGGCAUUUCCUUAACUUUUGAGUACCUGACUAUGCAACCCUAAUAAUGUUCUUUUUAAUGUAGUUUUUUGUAUGAAAUUUCCUAGGUUUUUUAAAAAGCAAACUGAAACAGAAAUUCCAUCAUUAGCAUCAUAGAAACGCCCCCAUGGUUCAUCAACAGGGUUGGAAUCUUCAGAUUCACCACACUGACCUCUGUUGCAUGAACUAGUGGAGUAACUGAUAGCAAUAGUAGUUUGGCAUCUGCUCUGUGGACCAGCACUAGCAGGGUAUUGGAUGCUUGGCCAACUGGUUUCACAGAUAUUUGUUCACAGGAGAGGAAUGAUGAGAGUUGGGAAUCUUGGCUUCCAGUCAAGGUUUUAGAGGGGAAUGUGAUCUAGUGGGCACAGCCUGUUUUUCCUGUUCCUCCUCCUGAAGCAUGAUCCCCUCUGCCUUAUCCCCUCCAACCUGUCUCUGUCCUAUCUUCUCUUCUGUGGCUCCCUGGCCCAGCCUCAUUGCUCCACAAGUCCUUGUCUCACCCUUUCUGGCAUCCAGUCCCAGUCCUCUCUCUCUCUCUCUCUCUCUUCCCCUCAAGUCUCUUUGCUCAGUUAUUCCCAGUCCCCCACCUCACUCUGAGCUCCUUGUCUUAUCUACAUGCCCAGUGAAUCCCAGUUCCCUCUCUCCUGGCUCCUCAGCCAGUCAUUCUUUCCCCAGCCCUGGCUUCCAGUGUCUCAUGCACACACACACAUCCCGUCCAACGCAUGCUCCCAGUCCCAGUCUCCCUCUCCAAGCUACUUGGCUAGUCUGUGUCUCCCCUGCUUCUGGCUCCUUCUCCCAAUUUCUUUGCCCAGCUAGUCCCAGUUUCCCCCUGCACCCAGUCUUCUCAGCUCUGUCUCCUCCUUCUCACUGCACCACUGGUUCUUAGUCCCAUAGUCUUUUAUUGAAUUUUAAUGACCAGGUUAGGGAGGAAUGGAAUCAUUGUGGUCUUGUGGAAUGAGCCUGGGAUCGUGGUAGCAGGUCUGUUCUAAUCAGAGCUCUGCCACUGACUCACUAUGUUACCUUGAGCAAAUCGCUUCAUUUCUGACUGUUUCCUUAUUUGUGAGAUGGGUCUAAUGGUACUUAGGAGUCUAAUCUCCCAUUAAUGAAUGUCUGUACUGUGUUUUUCACACAGGCCUGUGGAAGUGCUAAUUAUUAUUAUUAUAGAUUUUUCUCUACUGCAGGGAUGUAUACACAGAGUACUGUCAACAUUAGCUUACUUCCAAGCCCUAAACAGGAAGGUUAAUUAAUGGGAAAUUUCAAAUGUAUAGGAUGUAGCUGGGAUUUAAUGCCCAUUUUUUUUAUGAUCCAAUACUUACAAAACUAAGUCAAUUAAAAAAAUCUUUUUGACGUGCUUACAACAGGUCCCUCAAAUCCUUGGAUAAUGCCAUGACUAUAUCCCAGAACAGAAAAUAAUAAGACAGUAUAUCUCGCUUGAUGCCAGAAAACAUCAAGGCCACAUUCCCUUUGCGUAUAUGUUUUUAAAGGGAUGUUUUCUCCUUACUUUAUGUACUGAAGAUAUGUUUAAGAUAGGCUUAACUUUGAUAUGAAAAGAAAUCUUGUAGUACUACUGUAAGAUAAGUAUUGCUUUGACUAGGCAGACAGCUGCUCAGAAAGUUGGAUUUCAGCACAGGUUAUUGGCUCCCACAAACACAUUUAAAAUUCUUUUGGUACAAAUCCACAUAGGAACGCUUUUAGAGUCCACUUCCUCCCCCCCCUUUGUUGUUGUUGCCAUGUUGGUCUCAGGCUAUGAGAGAGACAAACUGGGUGAGGUAAUAUAUUUUAUUGGACCAAAUUCUGUUGGUAGGAGCUACUGAGCUUCCCAGAACCUUUUAAAGUCCCUAGCAGGAGGGCUGUUGGGGCAUAACUGUGGGGGAUCAUACAAUGUCAAUGUGUAACCAAAUUUGUUACAAAGUUUCUACUGUACAGCAUAUAUAUUUAUGUAUAUACAUUAAAUAUCACAUUUGAAAACCUGA